AUGUCCCUCCCCUCCAACUCCGUAUCCCCCUCCCCACCCACCGCAUCCUUCCCACCAUACCAAACCCGCCCUUCCCUCUUCUCCCCAAUCAUCAUCAUCCCCGUAUCCGUCACUCCUUCCCACACCGCCGACCAAGCAGCCGCAUUCAACGAGUUCGUACCCCUCGACACCCCGCCGCCUCGGUACAACGACAGGUUCCGCCGGCCUUCGAGGAGGAACUUGAGGCAGGCCUUAGAGCGACUAGAGACGACCUAUGGACCGUGGGAGUCGCUCUUGAACCUCCCCCUCACGGCAUCAGCUUCCACCUCCGCAUCAUCGUCCCCCGAAUCCUCUUCCCUCUUAUCAGCAACAGCAUCAUCCAGCUCCACGCCGAUGUUCGCACCCCCUCGCCCCCUUCCCUCGUACUCUGACGCCUACCUCCUUCCCCCCUCCUACCCCUUCCCAAGCCCGGACCCAAGCGCAUCCCUCUCCUCCGUCGUACCGGGGUGGGACAAGCACCCGGUACCGGAUGAGCUGCCCCCUCCCUUUGGAGGGAAGAAGAAGAGACGCAGCUUGCUGGAUAUCUUGAUGCCUGGUUUGGGCAGGCACAGGAUAUUUGGCAGGCCGAGGAGGGAGAGGCAGACAGAGCCCCUUUAGACUGCGACGAGUAAAAAUGACGGCUGAAACGAUACGUUAUCGCCCCUAUUGCAACGACCUACUAAGCCAGGCAUAAAGACACGCAUAUAUGCUAUCAACUUGCGCGCAUACAUCGACCUUCACCCGCAUACAUCGGCCCGCGACUCAAUUGGCAGAGCGCAUACACCUCCCCCACCUCACCUUUCCCACUCUCUCACCUCUCUCUCUGGGACAAUCUGUUUGUUGACUUUUUCAUUUUGGGCCGGCCCAGGAUUGGGUUGUUGUAAUCUCUCCCUCCUUUCUCAUUUUCCCCUCGGCUGUUUUAUCUAUCCGCUGGACCGUCCCCUGAUCUGUCUAUUGGUCAAGACUCCAUUAGGCAGUUCACUUCCACGUCCACAUAUUCCACUCUGUUCCAUUUCCCAUAUUCCUCUUGACCAAUUGGGCUCCUGAGCUGUACGGACAGCUACCUCGUUGCCCUCUUCCUCCCGUCUUUUAUCUAUCUAUCUCCUCCGUUUCCCACCAUCCAAACUCCAACUCCACCACCAACCAUCUCCAAUCUGUGACAAUC